GGCCGUGACCUGCGUGCCCAGCCCGUUGAAGGUGGACGUACCUGGAGUCGGACUCGCUUUUCGACCAGCAGUCCACUUCGAGCUCCAGGGCGGGAGCCUGGGCAAGAGCCUCUGCAAGCUCAAGAAGUUCGAGGACCGCGAGCUCAUGACGCUCGAUUAUCAAAGGAUGACGGCGGUGCUCUGGCAGGUCUGCAAGGGCCUACAGCAGAGGAUCGAGAAGCUUGAGAAGAAGAAGGGUCGCGAGGUUAUUCUUCAAGUGCUCCAAUUAACUGGAGGACUGGAGGAAUGCGAUUUUGGGGGCGUUUUGAGUCCGAAAAGGCUAUUCCUCCAGACGGCGCGAUGGAGCUCGGCCCGGGACUUCAACGUGAGGGAUCCUCGGAAGCUUUUUCAAAUCGCUCGGAAGGAGUUCCCGGGCCGGGCGGACCUGACGUCGGCACGUGCCCGGGCGGCGCUGCGCAGCGACGUGGCGAGGCAGAUCCUGGCCCCUCCGAACGACCGCCUGCAAGCGGACCUCAUUGACAUGAGCCAGAACACCCGGGGAGCCAACAAGUUCGGGCUGCUGGUGACCGACGUGUUUACCCGCGAGGUGGCCACCAAAGCCCUGCCCGACAAGCGGGCCGAGACGGUGACACGAGCAGCAGCGGAGAUCAUCCCCGAGCUGGUGGAGGACGGAUCGAAUUAUGCCAUCACCACGGAUCUGGGGAACGAGUUUCGGGGCCUCGAGGCGGCACUGCCGGGGGGCGUGGUGCACCGGCAGAAGGACCCCUCUGACCGUAAUGCAACGGCUGUGGUGGACCGGGCGAUUCAAACAUUAAAGAAGGACCUGGCGGGCAAGGUGGCCCGGGACGGCG